AUGGAAUACGCGGUUGCUGUGGUGAUCAGACAAAUAGAGAAGUUAGGUCUAAGCAUAUCGCCCCAAAAAACGGAAGUGUGCGCUUUCUCUCGCGCACAUAGGUUUGUGCACGAGGAAGUUGUGGUAAUUAAGGGCUAUCUAAUCCCAGUGAACGCCGAUAUGAAAUACUUAGGGCUAGUGUUAAGCAGGAAAUGGUCAUUUAGGGAACACUUCAAUCGCCUGCUUCCAAAAGCAGAGAGAAUGACACUAGCUUUAGCUAGAAUUAUGCCGAACUUGAGAAGCCCCAAUGAGCACGCGAGGAAACUGUACUGCGGGGUGAUCCAUUCGGUCAUCUUUUACGGUGCACCUGUUUGGGCCCCCACUUUACGUACAGAUAAGAGAACUACAGCGGCCAUACAAGCAGUACAGAGAAAAGUCGCACUUCGGGUUGUGGCGGCGUACAAAACAGUGUCCUGUCCAGCGGCGUUCCUAUUAGCUAAGGUUAUCCCGGUCGACUAUUUAGCGGACAGAUACAAAGACGUGUAUAUGGACACCCGAGCGAUUCAAGAAAAGGAGAUUCGGAUCACACAACGUAUGCACGAUACCAUCAGGGAAAGAGCAUUGGAUGCGGCCCUGACUAAAUGGAAAAAUGUAUACAGUAGGCCAACAGCGGUGGAAGUUAGGAGAGUUCUUGUGCAUAACUUGUUCCAAUGGUACAAGCGCGCCCGUGGCCAUCUGACGUAUAGGAUGACGCUGAUGAUCACUAGCCAUGGGUGCUUUAACGACUGCACCGAAUAG